UCACACAUACUGCACCAGCACGCCCUCUUGUGACCACUGACAGGAGGUGGAACUUGACUUUGUUAGCUUCUGUUGCCAUAGAAACGUGGCUGUAAACAAAGAACAGUAGCUACAGUCGCUGCAGCUGCACAUGUGCACAGAUACUUGUCAGUAUUUAGGGCGAAAAUGGCUCAGAAGAGAACUUAUCAGCCAAAGGUGAAGAUCGGGAACUGGACUGAGGACCAGCAACUAGAAGAGGAUGCAAAGAAAGAGUACCAGGAGAAGAAGGAACGGGGAGAACUCACUUCCCAAAAAGAAGACUUACUGAAGCGCAACAUGUUUACACCCGUGAAACUCUCUGUGACUAAUGAUGGAAAUGUGCACAUUGGGGAUGUUGUAAUGCUGAUGAACGCCGGCGGGGGAACCAGGGAGUGCAGCGCAGUGAGCAUCAACACAGACAUCGACAGGUUGAUGAAGUUUCCCUCGAUCACCAUUCAGGCGCCGUGUGAAGUCUGUGCAGGACGAAUCAUCCAGCCCUGCACACGCACCGCCUUCAUCAUCACCAGUGUGGACGACAGCCCUGAAGGAUCCACUCUGUAUUAUGAGCAAACCUUUGCCCUAAAAACAACAAGUGGCUUUGCCAGAGGGCUUUACUUGACAAGUGACCUACGGAGUUUUCAAAAGUACGCAAAGAAGUCCCGUCUCCAGGAGGUCAACUUAGUGGAAGACACUUCCUACCUGUCGUGGUGGAAAAUCGAGUAUUUUAACCCCCAGGAGAGGCUGGAGUUUGAGGGUCAGCCUGUUCCUGCUAAUGUGAAUGUGGUGAUCAAACACUGCAAGACCAACCGGGCUCUUGCUGUUCUGAGCGAUCACAUCAUCUGGACGGCGUGUGGCAGAGAGUACGAGUUGACCGCUCACACAUUCUUGGAUUCCCACAAAGCUGAACUGGACACAAACCACUGGAUGCUGUGCACAUCUGCCCCUGUAGGAGGCAGGCUUUUGAUUCCUGACCACUCAAAGUUGGCAGACGACGACGACAACACGGAGCUCACUCAGGAAAACCUGGACUAAAUGUAACACAAUCCACUCUUAUGUUGUUAUGAAGAAAUGGAGUAGGUUGAUUUGUUUCUUUUGUUGCUAG